AUGUCUCGUGGAAGUUCGGCCGGUUUUGAUAGGCAUAUUACCAUUUUCUCGCCCGAAGGAAGACUGUAUCAAGUCGAAUAUGCCUUCAAGUCCAUCAAUCAGGAAGGUAUUACCUCGGUGGCCAUAAAGGGUGCCGAUUGUGCUGUAGUGGCCACACAAAAAAAGGUCACCGAGAAACUGAUUGAUCCUAAUACGGUUACACAUUUGUUUAGAAUUACCAAAAAUAUUGGUUGUGUUAUGACCGGACGUAUUGCCGACAGCAGAUCCCAGGUACAAAAGGCCCGCUAUGAAGCCGCCAAUUGGCGUUACAAAUUCGGCUAUGAUAUGCCAGUGGAUGUAUUGUGUCGCCGCAUUGCCGAUAUAAAUCAAGUUUAUACGCAAAAUGCUGAAAUGCGUCCCUUGGGUUGUAGCAUGACUCUCAUUGCCUACGAUGACGAAAAGGGUCCCUGUGUCUAUAAAACCGAUCCGGCUGGUUAUUAUUGCGGUUAUCGUGCCAUUUCGGUGGGUGUGAAACAACUGGAAGCCAAUAGCUAUUUGGAAAAGAAAUACAAACCCAAUCUCAAUGAAGAGAAAACCAUCCAAAUGGCCAUUACCUGUUUGUCAAAUGUUUUGGCUGUCGAUUUUAAACCAAAUGGUAUUGAGAUUGGUGUUGUCAGCAAGGAACGUCCAGAAUUUACGGUGUUAAGUGAAAAGGAAAUUGAAGAUCAUCUCACAAAGAUUGCUGAGAAGGAUUAA